AUGGCCGUUGAAUUCCCAGAACCCCUCUCCCAUGAGGAAAUGAAAGAACACAAGAUCCCUCUGGCAUACCGUGACAGAUGUGCUAGACUGCUGGUGCCUUUGAACAAGUGCCGUGUGGAGGGAUGGUACAUGCCAUGGAACUGCGAGCAUGAGAGACAUGCUUACGAAAGUUGUCAAUAUCUGGAUUUCAAGAGGCGUGUGAAAGAGCUCGAAGAGCUGAGAAGUCAGAGAAGAGCCGCUGGCGAGGAAUAA